UCGUUCCUUUCACUGCUGCUACUUUUUUUUGUUCUAAAUAAUACUCCAAAUUAUCAAAGUGGACAAAACCAAAGCAUACAAAAAAAUUCUCCUACUAUACUAGUAUAAUCUAUAAUCUAUGCAUAAACAUAAACCCCUAUAUAUAUAGUAUGAUCUCUUUGUUAAUAGCCUUAUAUUUAUAUGGUUCCAUUUAUAUGUAUAUUUUGUUCUUAAUUUGAUCUUCUAAAGAAGCCCUAUUUCUUUUUCCUUGUGAAUUUGUGAUACCAGAGCUUGAGCCUUGAAUACACCAAUUCUUGUGAUUUAACAUUAUAUCACUCAAUACAAUGCUUUUAUUCUUGAUAUCUUGUUUCUCUUUCAUUCUUCUAUCCAAGUCAUUGUCUUUGAAGAACCAUUUAAGGAUGAAGAGUGAGUGGAGAUUGUUGUCACCAUGGUUUUGGGAAGGCUUCUCAGGCUUUGUGGUGUCAUGGUUCCACAAGGGUCGGCUCGGGAUCAGUUUCCAUCAACUGCCGACGAUCUUGUCAUUGAAGAAGAAGAAGAAGAUGGGGCUUGGUUCUAACGUGCACAAUGCGCAGGAAGACAAGAUGGCUCUGCUGGAUUUGCCUGAACUCGCUCUGGAAUGCAUUCUAGAGCGCCUUUCACCUGCAGGAUUGUGUAGCAUGGCUGGAGUUUGCUCUUCUUUUAGGGAGACAUGUAUAAGUGAUCAUCUUUGGGAGAAACACAUGAAGCAGAAAUGGGGUAAAGUAAUUGGUGAUGCUGCAUAUAGUGACUGGCAAUGGCAUAUUGCAUCAAGGAAGAGACCACAUCUGUUGGGGCCAAGUCAGCAAAAGAGGUUUCUGGGAUCUCUCACUAACAUUUGGCCUUUCUCUUGGUUUAGACCAAACUUUGAAAGCAGAAGCAGCCUGCAUAAAAAAAGUGAUUUACCAGUUGAUUCAAUCAUGUCAUGGUAUCUAUCUCUGGAAACUGGCAAAAUCUGGUUCCCAGCACAAGUCUACAAUCGGGAGAACGGACAUGCCGGUUUCAUGCUAUCAUGUUAUGAUGCCAAACUUAUAUAUGAUUCCCAGACUGACACCUUUCAGGCAAGGUACUCACCUCACGGGCGGCGAACCACGGAGGAGAAUAUAUCCUGGGAUAGGCUAAGAAUACCACCAGUUGAUACUCCUUCACAUGAUCUUCACAUUUCAGAAUGCUUACUUGACUUAAAACCUGGUGAUCAUAUUGAAAUCCAAUGGAGAAGAAAUAAAGAAUUCCCCUGUGGUUGGUGGUAUGGCGUUGUCGGUCACUUGGAAUCAUGUGAUGAAAGUAAAAAUCACUGCUGUUGUCAAUACGCAGACACAGUGAUGCUAGAGUUCAAGCAGUACCCUGCUAGCUCGAGAUGGAGAAAAACAAUGAUAAACAGGAACGACCAUAGAGAAGUAGGCAAUGAAGCUGAUGGAUUUUAUGGUGGAAUUAGAAAGCUUUACAAGGAAGAGGAGAUCUCAAUGUGGAAACGUCUAUGGCCAAACCAAGUCUUAGAAUAGUUCAAGUAUCUGUUAUAUUACCCUAAUGCUCUGUAAAUAUGCCAUUGCCACCUUUAUUUUUCCUUUCUCUUUGAAUUGUGAAUGGGAAGAGAUUUUAAAAUCACUAGAAGCUAUUUUAUUAUUAGAUUUAUAUUAGGCUUCUAUACUUUUUGACUGGGUUACAUGCCUUGAGAGUCACCAUGUUUGCAAUUGUAUCUUCAGCACCAAGCCAUGUAAUUUUGCAAUGAGUUAUAGCAAAAACAAAUAAAUAAAUAAAUAAACUGACUGACUUUUAGUU